AUUCCUCUCUCUACGAUUCUCUUCCCCACUGUAAAACCCCAUAAGCUGUUCUGGUUCGCAUCUAUUUUCUGUAAUUGGUAAUUUUUACUAUAAAAUUAUUAUUUUGUAUCUGCGCUUCUGUAAUUUACUGCAAUGGGGAAGCGCAAAUCGCCCCGGAAAGCUUCAGACCGCGAGAAAAAAUGGGAUGAAAUUUUCAACGCCCUCGUAAAAUUAUCCAAGAAUCUGCAGACGGAGCGACAAUUUCUUGAAGAUAGGAUCAAAUAUUUGCACGAAGUCAUUUAUAAGAUGAAGAUGGAUCAGAAAUUUGAGGCUUCGAGAGCUGAAUUCUUUUUGGGUUUGAAGGAGAGGGAGGCUUUCGUGUACAAGCAUAGAUAUGAGAAUGUCGACAGUGAAUUAGCUGAUUUUAGACAAUGGUUUGACUACCUCGUUCAAAAAUGUGAGGAGCCUAAGGAUGAUGUUAGUAGUAAAGGGGAAGGCUCACGGAACAAGGCACUUCAAAACGAGGUGAAGAAGCUGAAGUGCGAAAUCGAGAAAUGUAAAUCGGAUAAGAACACUGAGGUUACCGCUCUCUUGGCCGAGAAGAAUUUUGUUUGGCAUCAACUGAAGAAGACGGAGGACGAUUUGAACAAAGAAAUAAAGAGGAAAGACGAAGAAGUUAAGCACGCACAUGAAAAGCUUCGUCACAUUGUAAACGCAUCUGAGGAAUUACAGGUCUCACAUGAAAAAUUAAGAACCGACUUCUCCAGGCUGGAGUCCGAUUCGGUUCGAAAGAGUGAGGAAAUAUCGAGACUUUUGAAGGAAAUCGAUCUCCUCAAAUCCAGGUCCGAGUCACCUUCAACUUUGUUGCAUCCUUGUAAGAUAUCAGAAAGGGGAGGAAAAAGUAGUGGUGAUACUAGUAAUGGAGGAGGGGUUAUAAAAGUGAAAAAAGAAGCAGAUAACUCACGAAGCUCUGGGAAGACAUCUCAGACAAAGCAAACUGCUCGUAAGUCGACUGGAAGAGGAAAGGCUCCCAAGAAGCCAUUCACGGGAAGUACCAGCAAUAUCAAUAGUUCAAAGAGGAAAGCUGUCGAAGUUAUUACGAUUGAAGAUUCCCCGAGAUUGUUCACGUCCAAUUUCAAAGUUCCUAAGUUAAAGCCUUCGGCAUCUCGAAAAAUUGAUUGAUUUUUUCUUCCAUGCUUUGCCAGAGGGUCAUUUAGAAGUUUUUCUUUUUUAUUUUUUCAUUUUUAAUUUGCCAAUUUGUGUAUGCUUGUAACAUAUAAUUUCUUCAUUGUUUGUAUCUGUAACCUACACUAUUGAUGGUUACGUUUGAGUAUAGUUUUGCUUGAGUUCGGGUGCAAAUUUCUUGCCCUGUUGUAAACUCUACUGUGUAAUUGCUUAGAGCAUGCUUGUUUAUAAAAAAUUCUGGUUUGUUGAGAUUUGUUUAUUUGGUUUGG